AUGCUAUCUGGGGUUUCUAGGAUUGCUAUUAGAUCUGGAACCAGACGUGUCCCAAUGGGAUUAACUCAUAGGUUUGUCUCGCACACUAGUGCUAAUAAGAGCACUGUUGUACCACCUAGUGGAAUUCACAAUCCGGGCGUGAUUCACGCAGAGCAACAGCAUGUUCCUGCUCCUGAUGAUUACUUGCGCAAUCUUUCGAAAAAUGAACUCUUUUCCCUUGGAAUGAUUGGUAUGUGUACCAUUAACAAGCCUAUUUUGGAUUUGGUUAUCAAACUGUUCCCCUAUGUGCCCUUAUUCUUAGUGAAAAUAUUUGUUUCACCACUAUACUGUGGUGGUGAUACUCCAAAGGAAGUUAUCGAUACUGGGAAGCGGUUACAAAAAAGAGGUAUCAACAACAUGAUGCUCUCUUUGACAAUCGAAGAUGCAGAAGGGAUUAAGAAUAUUGAUAUCAAUUACAUCGUAGAAGAAACCAUUAAAUCAGUGCACUCUAUUUUGAAACCUGUGAUGCUUGAACAGCUAGAAUCUGGCAAGGAUGUUAAUUCGAUACCACCUGGUUAUAUCGCUUUGAAACCAUCUGCGUUGGUUGCAAACCCAGCCGAAGUUUUAUUGAAUUUCAAUAAGCCUGAAUGGAAGACCCAACGUGACGAAUUGAUUAAUAAUUGCUCGAGAAUUACAAAAGAAGUUUUCAACUUGAACCAGGAAUUAUUGGCUAAAUACCCAGACAGAAAGUCUCCAUUUUUUGUUUCAACUAUUGAUGCCGAGAAAUACGACUUACAAAAGAAUGGUGUGUAUGAAUUGCAAAGGAUUUUGUUCUCCAAGUUUAACCCCGCCUCCUCUCCUAUUGUUUCCUGUAUUGGAACGUGGCAGUUGUAUCUUGCUGACUCUGCGGCAGAUUUGGCCAAAGAUUAUGAGAGGGCCAAGAAAGAAGGAUAUAAGUUGGGUUUGAAGUUGGUUCGUGGUGCUUACAUUCAUUCUGAGCCAGACCGUUCUGUUAUUUACGCUACUAAGGAAGAAACUGAUGCCAAUUAUAACAAGGUACUCACCACCGCUGUGAAUGACUUACUUGCCAACGGUGAAAAAUCCUACUACGGUCACUUAGUUGUCGCAUCCCAUAAUUACGAAUCUCAAAUGUUGGCUACAAAGUUACUGGCAGGCCAGAAACAAUCCGUGGGCAAGCUAAAUGUGACAUUGGCUCAACUCUUAGGUAUGGCUGACAAUAUCACUCAUGAUUUAAUCACUAAUCAUAAGGUCGAAAACAUUAUCAAGUACGUUCCUUGGGGUCCUCCAUUGGAAACUAAAGAUUAUCUAUUGAGAAGAUUACAAGAGAAUGGUGAUGCCGUGAGAGCUGACAAUGGUUUACCUCUUGUAAAAGCAGUUCUAAAAACGGCAUUACGUAUGUGA